GCAUACCGCCUCGCCUCUGCCCCCCACUGCGAGCGUUAUCAUUAUCGCCCUCGCCUCGCGCCGCCAGAGACCAAAGGCCAAGGUCCGGGCGCCCGCGCGGCACGCGUGCGUGCCAAGCACAGCUGCAAGCAACCUCGGGCCACACCCCCCGGCUAACGCUUCGCGGCACCCGGGAGCACGGCACAGCAGGGCAUCGGCAUCCAUCCACUUCUGUGGGGUGCGGCUCGUGUUGCCGAGCCGAACGUCAGUCAGGUGGACGUCGACGCGGGGGCGCGCGGGGUACGACGACGCUGCACCAUGAUACCGAGCUGCGGGUGUGCUCGGCGGUGCAGCGCUCGAGAGGUAUAUAAGCCACGUCGGGGGCACUAGCCCUCAGCAGCCAGACACAAACACACAGCACAAGCAAGCAAGCAACACAAUGACCAUCCCCAAGACUGCCCGCGCCGCCGUCACCGUCAACGGUGGCACGCCCCAGUUCUCCAUCGACCACCGCGAGGACUUCCCCGUGCCCACCCCCGGCCCGGGCGAGAUCCUCCUCGAGUGCAAGUACACUGGUGUCUGCCAGUCCGACUACCACGCGGCCUACGGAGACUGGCAGGGCCUGACGCAGGCCGAGGGCGUCACCUGUCUCGGCCACGAGGGCGCCGGCAUCGUCCGCGCCGUCGGGCCCGGCGUGACCGACUUCAAGGUCGGCGACAGGGCUGGCGCGCUCGUUGCGGCCGACUCGUGCGGCACCUGCGAGUUCUGUAGCCAGGAUGACUGUGCCCUCUGCGCCAAGAUCAACCUCACCGGCUUCCACCGCAACGGCUCGUUCGCGCAGUACAUCAACGUCAACACGCGCUUCGCCGUCCACAUCCCCGAGGGCAUCCCCUUUGAGCAGGCGGCCCCCUUCAUGUGCUCGGGCGGCACGGCGUACACGGCCGUCAAGACGACUGGCCUCAAGGCCGGCCAGACCGUGGCCGUGCUCGGUGCCGCGGGAGGUGUGGGCCACAUGGUCGUGCAGUUCGCCAAGGCGCGCGGCCUGCGCGUGAUUGCCAUCGACGUCGGCGCCGACAAGAAGGAGGCGACGCUCGCCACCGGCGCCGACGAGUACGUCGACAUCACCGGCACCAAGGACCUGCCCGCCACUGUCGCCGCUCUUACGCCUGACGGGCUCGGCGUGCACGGCGUCAUCGUCACCGCGGGCAACGGCAAGGCGUACGCCGCCGGCGUGGGCAUCCUCCGCCCCCGCGGCGUGUUUGUGUGCGUUGGUCUCCCGCCGACCGGCUCGGCCAUCGCUGGCGCCGAGCCUGCCGCGAUCAUCUUCAAGGCCAUCACGGUCCGCGGCUCGCUCCUCAACACGGUCGAGGACAUGAACGACGCCCUCCAGCUCCUCAAGGCCGGCAAGAUCAAGGAGCACGUCGAGAUCCGCCCCUUCGCCGCCACGGGCCAGGCGCUCGCCGACGUCGGCGCGUCCAAGACCAAGGGCCGUGUCGUCAUCGACUUUGCCGCCUAAAUAAAAGCGUAUAGCGCGUAGUGUAGUGUCAGAAGUAGUCGUAGGGUUGAGGUGUAUGCAGGUUAUGAUUGUGCA